AUGCACAGCAGAUAUGGAAAGGGUUCGCUUGAUGCAAACAUGCAGUAUUUGCUUGACCGGCGGCGCAAUAACUCAACAAUGCGCAACCUGACUCUGCCCAAGUCCGGGCAAACCGAUUUUAGCUCCAACGAUUUUCUGUCACUAUCGACGAACGCUCGCUUGAAGGACGCAUAUCUUGCGGAACUGCGGAAUUCAGACUUGCCACUUGGAAGCGGUGGAUCUCGACUAUUGGAUGGGAAUUCGGCUUACGCUGAAGUAUUGGAACGCGACAUUGCCAGGUUCCAUGGGGCAGAGGCAGGAUUGCUUUGGAACAGCGGGUUUGAUGCCAACGCUGGGUUCUUCUCAUGCGUACCGCAGCCUGGCGAUGUGAUCGUCUUCGACGAACUAGUGCACGCAAGUGUGCAUGAUGGGAUGCGGCUUUCGAGAGCUGCACAGACCGUACCUUUCGUACAUAAUUCGGUGGCAGAUCUUCGAAGGGUGUUGCAAGAAAUGGUUGAACUGCCGAGCAUGUGUAAUGUCUUCAUCGCUGUGGAGUCAAUCUACAGUAUGGACGGCGAUGUUGCACCACUGCGAAUGAUCGUCGAUACCGUCACGGAGAUCAUAGGUGCGGAAAGAGGGCACAUCGUUGUUGAUGAGGCUCACUCGACUGGCGUGCUGGGAUUUGAGGGACGAGGCCUGGUGUGCCAGCUUGGUCUGGAGAAAGAAAUCUUUGCUCGGUUGCAUACAUUCGGCAAAGCACUUGCCGGCAACGGAGCUAUCCUUCUCGGCUCUCAAACACUUCGCCAUUAUCUUAUUAACUACGCUCGUCCUUUUAUCUACACGACGUUCUUGUCGUAUCCAUCUCUUGCGCUUAUACGAACUUCGUACGAUUUACUUCGCUCCGGCGGCACAGUGUCACUCCAAUCGCAUCUCCACCACCUGACAGAGUUCCUAUUUAAGGCCAUGCGACAAUUACAUAUUACUUCUGCGGCUGCAAGAAGUUUGCUGAGCAUACCGAGUGCUUGUCCACAGUCGCCGAUCUUCGCGGUACAAUUGAGAUGGCCGAGAGAUCUAGCUAUCUAUCUCCAGAACAGAGGGAUGAUGGUCAGGGCGGUGGUAUCACCUACAGUACCACAAGGAACAGAGCGAGUGAGGGUUUGCUUACAUGCAGGCAACACUGUUAAAGAGGUUGAAAAAUUAGUCAGCGCGUUGCAGGAAUGGUGUGAGAAGCAUCCUGAGGACAUCGAGUUAGAAGGUGGGAGCCCAGAGCAAGUAAGAGCUCGGCUUUAA